CAUUUCUCCUCGUCCGGCCGGUGCAUGUAGAUCCUCUUCGCGCGCCUUCUGCUCCGCUCCCGCCGGGUUCGCGGCCGCCAUGGCGUAUUAGAGGCAGCAGUGGCUGCGGCAGCGUUGGCCUUUGCAGCGGCGGCAGCAGCACCAGGCUCUGCAGCGGCACCCCCCAGCGGCUUAAGCCAUGGCGCUUCUCACGGCAGUCAGCAGCAGCGUUGCUGUAACCGACAAAGACACCUUCGAAUUAAGUCCAUUCCUCGAAUCCCGCAAAGCCCCGCAGCAUGGCCGAGAUGAGCUUCCUGAGCAGCGAGGUGUUGGUGGGGGACUUGAUGUCCCCCUUCGACCAGUCGGCUUUGGGGGCUGAAGAAAGCCUGGGUCUCCUGGACGACUACCUGGAGGUGGCCAAGCACUUCAAACCUCAUGGGUUCUCCGGCGACAAGGCUAAGGCGGGCUCCUCCGAGUGGCUGGCUGUGGAUGGGUUGGUCAACGCCUCAGACAUCGGCAAGGAGGAUGCCUUCUCCGGGACAGAUUGGAUGGUGGAGAAAAUAGAUCUGAAUGAGUUCGACUUUGAUGCCCUGUUGAGUUUAGGUGACCUGGAAACGAUGCCAGAGGAGCUUUUGGCCUCGCUGGAUGACACGUGUGAUCUCUUUGACCCCCUAGUCCAAGAGAGUAAUAAGGAGCCCCCCCAGAUAGUGAACCCCAUUGGCCAUCUUCCAGAAAGUUUACCAAAAACAGACCAGGUUGCCCCCUUGACCUUUCUGCAACCUCUCCCCCUUUCCCCAGGGGCCCUGUCUUCCACUCCAGACCAUUCCUUUAGUUUAGAGCUAGGCAGUGAAGUGGACAUCUCUGAAGGAGACAGGAAGCCAGACUCCACGGCCUAUGUUACCAUGGUCCCUCCGUGCAUCAAGGAGGAGGAUUCCCCCUCAGAUAACGAUAGUGGUAUCUGCAUGAGUCCCGAGUAUCUAGGCUCUCCCCAGCAUAGUCCCCCCACCUCCAGGAGCUCUCCAAACAGGAGUGUGAUAGCCCCAGGUGUCGUUUGUGGCCCUGCCCGCCCCAAGCCCUAUGACCCUCCUGGAGAGAAGAUUGUAGCAGCAAAAGUAAAAGGGGAGAAAUUGGAUAAGAAGCUGAAGAAAAUGGAGCAGAACAAGACCGCAGCCACUAGGUACCGCCAGAAGAAGAGGGCAGAGCAGGAGGCCCUCACUGGCGAGUGUAAAGAGCUGGAGAAGAAGAACGAGGCUCUGAAGGAGCGGGCCGAAUCCCUGGCCAAGGAGAUCCAGUACCUGAAAGAUCUGAUAGAAGAGGUCCGCAAGGCAAGGGGAAAGAAAAAGGUUCCCUAGUUAGGGUAGUCACGAGUGUGCUUGUAUAUAGGCUUGCGCUGAAGCUGUGUUGUAAUAAAUUAUUUUGUAGUGAAAG